CGCCAGGGAAACCCCGUGGCGUGGUUGUGUGUCAGUUUCGCUGGGACCCGCGGUCGAUGCCGGUGAGGAGGGGGAUGGGCGCUUCUGCGAAUGUAAGGACCCGAGACAGAAUCAGAGCCCUGUAUCACAUACAGCAGCAUAUACCCCAUUAUAAAUAGCGACAGUAUAUACAAUACACCAAAAUACAUGGAUUUAACCACCGGGGAUCUAUAAUAGACACUCAAUGGAUGCAGUGCACCUGCACAGGACAGGGAAUUUAACUUUCCGUCUAUGCGUGGGAGAUACUGAGAAGUUUGUUUCCUACCCUUGGAGAGGGAGCUACUUUUAAGGGCAGAGGAUACAGGAGACACCGAGGCCGACUUACAGGCCUACUGGUCUGUUUGGAUUUGAUGUUGGGAUACUCUAAGGACCCACUGUACAUGCGUUUGCCUCGCUUAUUCAAGUUUGGAAUGCCUCUUUAGGCCCCACAUGACCGUGAGCCGUGGGCUACGGCUCGGCGGCGCCCCACCUCUGGAGUGGUCCGUCGCUGUAGUUGGGACCCUGUAAUUCCCCUCCUUGCCUCUCCUCCUCCCCCCCUCCCCCAUCCUGUCCCUCCCCUUCACCUCCUCCCCUCCCCCCCCCUCUUCCCCAUCUCCCACGCGUCGUUGUGCCGGACGUCAUGAGCAUAGUAAUCCCGCUGGGAGUCACCACACCUGAAACGUCUUACUCAGAUAUGGCUGCUGGAUCAGACCCAGAGUCAGUUGAAGCAAGCCCUGCCGUGAAUGAAAAAAACUAUAACAACCACAGCUGUGGCAGCGCACAGAGUCAUGGGUAUCGGGGCCUACCAUAUGCUAUGCAACAGUCUUCCGUUGUGUGUUGUCAGGAUCACAACUAUGGCGCGCCCCCUCCCCCUACCCCACCCGCCUCCCCGCUCUCCCAAACCAUCAUUCCCUGCAUGGACCUCAACGGAGUGGUACGCAGCUCCCGCUACCACGACGGCACCGAGGACAACUCGGCCGACAGCGACAGCUCCUCAGAGGAGGACGGGGCCGUGGCCAGCUGGUGUCACUGCAGCCUGACACCGGACGGCCUGCUCAUCAAGUGUGACAACUGCAGGGGACUGGACAGGAGGAAUGGACAAGAAGGCCAACACAGGAAACCCGAAAAUGUCUCCGCUGGCGAGAGCAGUGCCACCGAGAGUGGUGACGAAGAGGUGUCGCCCUCCACCAUCUCCUACACCGCCACCCAGCACACACCCACCAGCAUCAAACUCACAGUCAACCGGGUCAAAAGGAGCAAGUCCAAAAAGAGAAAGAAGAGCACAGAGAAGGCCCGUGGAACGCAGAAGGGCAAGAAAGUCAAGGCUUUCAGAGAGGGUUCUAGGAAGUCCAUGAGGAUGAAGAACUCAACAACGGAGGUCAGCGUACUGGAUGAGAACACGGCAGAGGGAUGGGAGAGCAGGAUCCGGCAGUGGACGGACCAGCACGAGGAGGCUCUGGCCAACCAGUACAGCGCCGACAUCCAGACACUCCUCCAACUACACCGCGCUGCCAGCGCUCCCGUCUCAAAGGCGGAGAUCGACGCACCGGCGUCACCUUCCACCACGCAGAUCCACGCCUCAGUGGACACCAUGGACACCAUCAACCGCACUGAGCUGGCCUGUAACAACACUGUGCUGGGCUCACAGAUGCAGCUCCAGUUGGGGCGGGUAACGCGUGUGCAGAAACACAGGAAGAUCCUACGGGCAGCCAAGAACCUGGAACCAGACAUGCUCAUCAUUGAAUAUCGGGGCAAGGUUAUGCUCAAACAGCAGUUUGAAGGGAGCGGGCACUUCUUUAAAAAACCCUACCCCUUUGUGCUGUUCUACUCUAAGUUUACUGACGUAGAGAUGUGUGUCGAUGCGAGGACCUUUGGAAAUGACGCACGCUUCAUCAGGAGGUCGUGUACACCCAAUGCCGAGGUCCGCCACAUGAUUGCUGAAGGCAUGAUCCAUCUGUGUAUCUACGCCAACGGUCAAAUCACAAAGGACGCUGAGGUCACCAUUGGAUUUGACUACGAGUUCAAUAGCUGUAAUUACAAAGUGGACUGUGCCUGCCAUAAGGGCAACCAGAACUGCCCGGUGCAGAAGCACAAUCUGAGCCCCAGGGAGAGCUUGGUCAGCGCCCCCUCGCUGCUGCCGCCCUCUGCUCUGGCGGGCGCCGAGACCCGGCGGAGAAAAGCCCGCAGGAGAGAGCUGGAGAGCGGCCUCGCCAGUGAUGGCAGCCAGACCCUAACCCAGCACCAGGAGGCCAAAGAACUGCAAGGGACCAGUGACGCAGAGGAGAGAUUGCUGGAUGAGCUGAACAUGGAAGAGGGAGAGGAAGGAGAGGUGGAUGAAAACGGGGUCGCCAUCGCCAAUAAAAGCACGUGUAACAACCUGGAAAGGAGGCGCAAGAGAGUGGGAGGAGCUGAAGUCAAGGAGGAGGGUGUGGAAAGUGAGGACGGGGUGGGAAACCCCGCAGGGAACACUCCCACACCCCCCAAUGCCGGAGUGGGAGUCAGCACACGGCGCACAUCUUAUGUGAUGGACCCGCCGUCGACUGAAGAAAAGACCUCAUUACCCAACCUUCCCGCUCCCAUUGCACCCCCUAAACCCGCACGACCCACCAAGCCUCGGCCCAAAAGUCGAAUCUCCCGCUACCGGUCAAGUUCGUCCCAGCGAGCCCGGCGCCAGCGCCAAGCACUCGCCCAGCAAGCUGCCGCCGCAGCAGCAACCGCAGCGGCAGCGAUGGCAGCGACGCUGUCAUCCGCUGACCAGGGUGCCUGUCUGGACGAGGAGGGAUCUCAGGGCCCGUAUGGUUCUGAACACGCCCACGGAGAGAGCGGUCUGGGUGGUCAUCUCCUAGACGGAGAUGGUCUAAACUGUAUAAAUAGAGGCAACUUGCAUUACCCCAAGACCAAGAAGUACCUGGUUACAGAGUGGUUAAAUGACAAGGUUCCUGGAGGGGAGAAGGUCCACCAAGAGAUGCCCGUUGAGCGCCCUCUCCGGAUAACCACUGACCCCACGGUGCUGGCCACUACCCUCAACAUGCUGCCGGGCCUCUCCCACACGUCACUCAUCUGCACCGCGCCCAGACACUACAUCCGCUUCGGCUCCCCCUUCAACCCCGAGAGACACCGGCCUCGCCCCCUCCAAAUGGACGGCACUUACGGCUGCUACAAGAAGAGAUGGAUCAAGCAGGUGGAGGAUGAGAGCUAUUCAGCCAGUGUGGAGGAUGGCACAGAAUCCACCUCCUCCCAGCAAAGUACUAGUAGCAGGUCCACCCCCAACCCCCUGUCAACUGAUCUCAACGCACCGUUUAAGAAGCGGCGCGCUAAGUACGCGUCGGACACGACGCCGGCACCCUCGGACCCUCUGCUUCGCCCGCUGUCGCCCAUCACGCCACCACUCCCGGAGGACUCCCUCCAGCCGUCACUCCACAACCCCUGCGGCUCCCUGCUGCCCAACGGCCUGGUCUACUCGCCCAUGCCCUCGCUGCCCGCCAGCCGCUGCAACACCCCGCUGCAAUUCGAGAACAUAUCGUCCCCUGAGGCGUCUCCUGUUCAUCGGCCAGAGUCCAUCUCUCCUGAGCCGUGUCUUCAGACAGACUUUGACAUCUGUCGUCCUCAGUUCCCCGACCUGUCCCUCCCCUCCAGCUUGGAGAGCCCUAUGGCGCUGAACUCGGAUGACUUUUGCCUCACUGGAGGCCCUUCAGGCCACGACUCACAGUGCCCAUCAUCUGGAGGGACGAGCUCCGUAAACACAGCGUCCUGUCCUUCCUCAGACCUCGCUUCCCAAAACAGAGAGCAGGCUUUCAGGACAGAGUUCAACCUCAUAUACACCUGCUCGCCCCUCAAUGCAAACCUGGGCAACCCUGUGGCCACCGACCGCCACCUCUCCCAGUCCGAAGGUGGCUUUUCCCCUGCGGAGUCCUUCCACAGCUCCAUAAGCGGCCAGGGGCCGCUGGGAGACGCGGGCCCCGGCUCCAUGUCGCCCUAUGGCGAGCCUCACUAUGGAGGAGGCUACCCGGAUAGUGGCACCCCUCCUCACACCAGCAACCCACCACAAAAGAAGAAGAGGGCCAAGCAGCAUACCAUUAGUCUGCUGACAGGGAAGCCAGAUUACCAGGCUAUAGCUGUAAGAAGUGAAUACAAGCCAGUACAAAAUAUGGUGUCUUUGCUGGAGUACCGCAAGAGGAAGCAGGGCGGCGGCCGCGACUCUGAGCCAACCGGCGGCUCGUCGCUGGGCGGCACCCCCACCCGGCCCUGCUCCCACUACAGCCACGACUCCCACCACCCCCACUGCCAUCAGCAGAUGCAGCCGAUGGCCUCCCCGCACAGCUCCUUCUCCUCCUCGGCGCACGCCUCCUCUGUCCCGCAGAGCGAGGAGGUCAGUCCUCCAGACCACCAGAGCUCGUCAGUGCAGCUCAGAGGCCAGGACAGCAACAACCAGUGGAUGGUCCCCACUACGGUUGAACGUCUGAGGGAAGGUCAGGGGGUUCUGGAGCGAGUGCUGAGAAGCAUCAAGAUGGAGCGCGUUUACAAGAGGAGUGACAGUUCUACAGAGAAGGACUCUGAUGCAGAUCGGUAUGAGGUGCAGGCCGCGGCGUCCAUGACUUCUCCCAGGAAGAGUCCACACAGAUACAGUCCCUCUGUGUACUCCCACCAGUCCUCAGACGGCCUCCGGCAGACCGACAGCCCGUCGUUCCUCCAGCAGACCUCCAACUCUCCAUUCCGGGGUUCCUACAGUCCCUCAUCAGGCCAGAGCUUCUACCCACGCCAUGUGUCCCAGGACUACCCUCCAUCCUCCUACCCCACCUCCUCCUCGGACUCCCGGCCGCCGCCGGUGGGCUCUCUACACCAGCAGCAGAGCGGCAGCUGUAGCGUGGACGGAGGCCACGGCUACGGCAGCAGCCACUUAAAAGCGAGCCUUUUGAACAGCAGCUGCUUGGUGGGGUCUCCCAGUCCGGGCCCCAGGCCCCACGGGCAGACUAAGACAGACUCGGGCGCCCAGGCCUCCAGAGGGAGUCAGCAGCAGGCGUCUCGCAGCAUGAAGUCGGGCAGCCCCGGCCAGGCGGCGCUGCAGGCGGGCUCCAGGCUGCUGCCGGCCAGCGGACCGACACACUACCCACAGAGAGGGACGAGCCUCAGUCAGUUCCAGCACUCCCCUCUCCAGGGACCCGGAAAAAAAGAAAACAAAUUGCCACAUUCUGCACAAAGCUAAUCAUUGACUUUGGACGUCAUGACAGAAUCAGUGGAAAAAUCUAUUUGGAUGACGCAUUCUGAAAAACAUGAAACAAAAAAACAAACAAGAAAUCACGUGUAACUUGAAAUUGUCCCCAGUGUUUCCUCAUGUGCCGGACUGUGCAAACAGGCUCUAUAAUGUCGGAAAGUAAAAACUUCCACACAAAUGUCUGUACAAAGUUAUUAAAAAAAGCCGUACCUGUCGCCAUGGUACCCAGGUUGGAUAAAUGCUGAGACGCAUAUGUAACUGAAAGCAAGAGUUGUUUUAUUUUUUAUUUUAUUUUCUCUCGACGUUAUGUUUUUCUGAUUUGGCGAGUGGCCGAGUCUGUGCUGCAGUAAAUAAGUGUUUGAUUUGGAAAGGGGGGGAACGAUUCAAGCAGCAUGUUAAUCAUCCGUUCUAAAGAUGCAUUCGAGAGGCGGGGAGGACGGGGUCUCCCUGGAAACCAUCAUUCCAUAUGAUUGCCAGCUUCAGUGUUCUCUCACCAAACAUGAAAAAAAGCCCCUUUUUCUCUCUCUCCCUCUGUCUCUCUCUCCUUCUGUCUCCAUCUUUUUCUCGGUUCUCCGGAGUUCCGUUUUUGUUUCGGUUCUCUCACCCCCACUGGAUUGUGUUUGAUUUCACAUUAGGACUACUUCGCUGUAGACCUCUGAUAUUGUACUUAAGACAUACAGGUCUUAUGAUUCAUGGUGCUGCAUUCUUGUUUUUGUUUUGUUUUUUCAAUAAAUUUGAAAUCCAGUUAAGUUCCCCACAUA